CGCAUGCGUCAGCUGAUCAAAGAUUACACACAAAAUGGGAUCUUGCUGUUCCAAAGACGAGGAAACGGACCAGAUAGAUGAUGCUGUUGAUGACAGUACAAGAUUUAAUGAUGUAAAUAAAAAGCAAUAUGGGACUAUUGAAAGCAAUCCAGUAGCAGUUCCUAACAAUUCAGAGGAUGAAAACAUUUCUAGCAUUUUAAAACGAGUUGAAGAAAAUGUGAUUGAUAUACCAGCUUUAAAAUUAAUGGAAGAGAGCCGUGAUUUUACUGAUAGGGUAGAAAAAUAUUCUCAACAAUUAAAUUUACCAUCUCCGUAUAUUUCAAAUGAAAAAGUAUGCUUGCUAGAAGAAGUUUCUACACCUGAAGAAGUUCUUUCAAAAAAUCCAGAAAUACCAGCAGAAAAUGAAAAGAUAACUAAAAUUGUUGAUAAGACAUUGAAUGCAUUAAAAGAAAUCAAAAUUGAACAUAAAGAAGAAUUAGUGGUUCCAUUUAUUUUAACAUGACUAAAUGCAAUAAUAAAAGAUUUUUGUUGAUGAAAGCAAAAUAAGAUUUGUAUCAUUAACUACAAACCUAUCUUCUUUUUAUCAAAAGAAGUUUUUUUAUAGUGAUGAAUUUAAUAUUUUUUCACCUAUAUAAUUUGCUGUCAGAUCUUACAAAUAAAAAUGAAUUUAUAAAUUCUGUCUCAUUUUCUACAUACAUUUCAUGUAUUG